UGACGUCAGAAGCUACGGCCAUUUUCCCCUGGCCUGCUCUCUGCCUUCCUUUCCUUCUAUCAUUCCCACAAGGCAGCAGGAGCAGAGAGCAACCAUUGCUGUGUCUGACAUCUGGGCAGUGAGGAGUCAGAUCCUUGUUACUAGAAGCUACCGAGGAUGGACAAGGAAAGGAGUUACACAACUGAGAGGAUACUAAACCUCACCCUGGAGAUCAUCUACCUGCUGACUGGGGAGGGUUACACUGUAGUGAAGAAGACAUCUGGGAAGUGUAAGACACCCAGCGGUCAUCUGAAUGUGUCAAGAGAACUGAUCAGGACCCACAGCCCCAUCAUGGUGCCUCCACCUAACUCACUGAUACAUGAGAGAGACAAUAACCAGAGGAUCCUGGAAAUCACCAACAAGAUCAUUCAGCUGCCUUCUGGAGAGGAGGGGGAGUAUAUAGAGGAACACAGGGGUCUGUACAAGGACGUGAUGAUGGAGAAUCACCGGCCCCUCACAUCACUGGGUAAAAGGAGACUGUCAUGUAUUGUACAGGGGAGAGCAGAUGGGCCCAGUAACAGAGAUACCCCAGAGAGAUGUCCCCGUCCUCUGUAUUCCCAGGAUUGUACAGAGGAGAAUCACAGGAUCCCACAGGAGGAUCAGGAUGAAGAUCUGACUAAUAUUAAGGUAGAAGAUAUACAGGAGGAAGAAGAGACGUAUGUGACUCAUAUGAAGGCAGAAGAUAUAGAGGGAGAAGAAGAGACGUAUGUGACUGAUAUGAAGGCAGAAGAUACAGAGGGAGAAGAAGAGACGUAUGUGACUGAUAUGAAGGCAGAAGAUACAGAGGGAGAAGAAGAGACGUAUAUGACUGAUAUGAAGGCAGAAGAUAUAGAGGGAAAAGAGAUGUAUAUGAUUGAUUUGAAAGUAGAAAAUAUAAAGAGAGAUGAGACAAGUGUGAGGGCAGAGGAAAUCCCUACAGAUAUCAGCACAGGUGGAUGUAACAGAAGAAAUAUAUUGGCUGAAUGUCCCUUUGUAUCUUCAGAUUGUGAAAAAGAAAUUAAAUACAUCACAGAAGAGUAUCCAGGAGAAAACCCUGUGAGACCAAUUAUACAUCCAGUACCUCGCAGUGCUGAUAUAUCAUAUGUUACCUCUAACCAUGAGCAGUGUUCUUCUGAUAACUCGGAUAUUGGUUCAUCCACCACAGCUCUUAGAGUAGAUAAGACAUUUCCCAGUUCUAUAGAUGCCAAAUGCUUUACACAUAGCGCAAAACAUAUUACCCAUCAGCCAAGUAAGGCAGGUAAGAGGCCAAUUCCAUGUGCUGAGUGUGGGAAAUGUUUUACACACAUAUCAGAUCUUGUUAGACAUCAGAGAAAUCACACAGGUGAGAAGCCAUUUCCAUGUUCUGAGUGUGGGAAAUGUUUUACACGCAAAUCAGGACUUGUUAUACAUCAAAGAAUUCACACAGGUGAGAAACCAUUUCCUUGUUCUGAGUGUGGGAAAUGUUUUACACGAAAAUUAUAUCUCGUUAGACAUCAGAGAAUUCACACAAGUGAGAGACAAUUUCCAUGUUCUGAGUGGGGGAAAUGUUUCAGAAAGAAAUCAUGUCUUGUUAGACAUGAGAGAAGUCACACAGGUGAUAAUCCAUUUACAUGUUCUGAGUGUGGGAAAUGUUUUAGAAAGAAAGCAAGUCUUGUUAUACAUGAGAGACGUCACACAGGUGAGAGGCCAUUUCCAUGUUCUCAGUGUGGGAAAUGUUUUACAGACAAAUCAUCUCUUAUUACACAUGAGAGAAGUCACACAGGUGAAAAGCCAUUUCCAUGUUCUAAGUGUGGGAAAUGUUUUACACGGAAAUCAGGUCUUGUUACACAUCAGAGAACUCACACAGGUGAGAAACCAUUUCCUUGUUCUGAGUGUGGGAAAUGUUUUACACGCAAAAUAUAUCUUGUUAACCAUCAGAGAAGUCACACAAGAGAGAGGCCAUUUCCAUGAUUACAUAAAUCAGAUUUUGUUGAACCUUAAAUUACUCACACGUUUACCCAGGUGAAACAUUUUCAGGCGUAAAGUGUUUUAUUUAAACAAGAAAUGUAUAUAUUUUUAUUGAGUGGAUAGGAAAGAAAACUCACUUUGUAGUGUGGGUAGUAGGUUUUUGGAAUAGGAUCAGCUAAAUAGUAUAAAGGUAUGUAUGAGGUCAUGAGGAACAGUGUUUAUGGGGUGAGCUCCUAUUUAUUUUUAGGCCAUAAGUUCUGACAGACAUUUUUCGAGCAUAAGCUUUAAUUUAUAACAGGCCAUAAAUGAACUCUUAAUCAUAGCAUAGAUUUUUCUUCAAAAGAAAACACUCACAUGCAACAAUUGUUCCUCAGUCAAAGUCGCCACCAAGAGAACACAACAGCCGCCACAAAUAAGUACUGCCCGAUGUGUGGGUGUUCCUGUAUGGGUGUAUGUAAAGAGACAGUGCUCUCUCUCUCACUACUUCUCUUUCCUGAGCAAAGAGAAUGACACUAUGAGGAGAUAUCUUAAUUUUAUGUUGUAUAUACUGAUAUUUUAAUAAAUUGUACAUUGUAAUAUCUUGUUUUAGUUUUCUACUUUCUGAGACAACACUUUAUAUUUUGACUCCUUUAUUUAAAAAAUGAAUACAAUUGGUAGAAGGCCUUCAAAGCGCCUCCACUAUGAACUUCUCAUGAGUUGGCUGUUCCAGGAGCAGGAGAUUGUCAACCCCAACCAAGUCUUGUUUGACCAUAACCAAGAGUCUACUGCUCAGGAGUAUUGGACAUCACUGAUGGGACUUUCUGGACCACUGCUGGGCAGGAAACACAUUUUAUCUCAUCGAGUUUCACCCACAACUAAAUGUUUUAUUUUGGGUGGAAUUUUGCCUUACACUUUUCAGGGAAGGUAAUCUUAUUUCCAUUUUUAUUUUAGUUUGUGUUUUUUAGAUGUCAUCACUCAGGGACACGUGUAACAUAUUCUUGUGAUAGAUCUGCGCCUAUCUAUGUUAUUUCAAUAAACUGGACUAUUUAAAAAAAAAAAAAAGAGGUAUGGUAGACUUACCAUAAUUAAUUCUGCGAACUACAUAGGUUCCACGGGGAAACAUCAGGGUGUAGAGAUGGAACUGGAUCCAGGCACCAACAACUAAAGCUUUAGCUGUCCCAGGAUGCAUUGGGGCCCUGCUCUAUAACCCCGCCUCCAGGCACUGUGAGCUCAGUUUUGUUAACCAGUCCAAUGCAGGAAGCAGGCAAGAGAGAAGGAAGAUGGUAGUCACAUAAGAACACUUUCUUACUGACAUGAGAAGAAACCAGUGGCUAAUGCCAUACAAACCCAAAAAAGCUUAGGUGCGUCUGGGUGGGCGCCCUGUGGAACCUAUGUACUUCGCAGAAAAAGAGUUGACCAUGGUUAGUCUACCAUAACUCUUAUUUUCUGCAGCAGGGUACAUAGCGUUUCCACAGAGAAAUAUCAGGGAUGCAUCCUGGGAGGUGAAGGUAUUGAAGACAUAGAACCUAAGAAACGUGUUCACUUAAGACCACUUAGCCACCCUGCACAAUUGUUCCACGUGCACGCCACAUUGGUCCACCACAGAAGGUCCAACAGACUGAGUAGAAUGGGCCUUAACUGAAGCUGGAACUGGAAGACCAGCGUGCGUAUAAGCAUGUCCAAUCACCAUUUUAAUCCAUCUGGCCAGUGUUUGCUUAUUAGCAGGCCAGCCAAGUUUGUGGAAACCAAACAGUACAAAGGGAGCAUCAGACUGUCUAAUGGGGGUUAUACGAUCCACAUAUAUAUGUAGGGCCCUGACCAAAUACAAAGACCACUCUUUAGCCAACAAGUCUGAAGAGACAAAGGCCAAAACCACAGUCUCUUGGUUAAUGUGAAAGGAUGAAACCACCUUAGGUAGGUAACCAGGUCUAGUUCGGAAAACUGCCCUGUCACAGUGAAAGAUUAAAGGGAGGACAACAGGACAAUGCGCCUAAGUCCGAAACCCUCCUUGCAGAGGCAAUAGCAAGAAAACAACCUUGGCUGUAAGCAAUUUUAGCUAUACUUAUUCAAUGGGCUCAAAUGGAGACUCUUGAAGAGCCUUCAGUACAAUAGACAGGUCCCAUGGAUCAACUAGAGAGACAUAGGGAGGCUGAAUACAUACCUUGCCCUGAAAGAACAUGCAUACAUCAGGUAUGGAGGCAAUCUUGCACUGGAACCAUACCGACAAGGCAGAGAUGUGUACCUUGAGAGAGGCAAGCCGAAGGCUUAAGUCCAAACCUCUCUGGAGAAAAACCUGGAAGCAUCAUAAUACUUAGCAGCACACCAGGUGAAGUAAGAAUGCCAUACUCUAAUAAAUCUGUCCAGAGGCCGGUUUUCAGGCCUUCAGCAUAGUCUAACAGACUCAGAGAACAUUUUAGUCCUUAGGUGUGAUGCUUCAAGUGCCACGCUGUCAAAGCCAGUCUGGCCAGGCCCAGAUACAGGUAAGGGCCCUGCUGUAGGUCUUGUCACUAAGGAAGCAGAAGGGGACGCACUGCCGCAAGUCCCUGUAGGUCUGGGAACCAGUGAUGUGUGGGCCAUGCUGGAGUGAUCAGAAUGAGAUUUCCUUCUUGUUUGAACUUCUGAAGGACCCUGGGCAGAAGUGACACUGGAGGGAAUAUGUAAGGCAGAUGAAAGUUCCAUGGGAAUGCCAAUAUGUCCAUGAACGCCCCCUGAGGAUCUCUGGUUCAAGAACCUUGUGUUUGUGUCGAGAAGCCAGGGAUCCUCAGGAAGUCCACUUCCCAGUUUAGAAUGCCUGGAAUGAACACUGCCAAUAUGGGGCCUAAUUCAGACCUGAUCGCAGCAGCAGUUGUGUUAGCAAAUGGGCAAAACCAUGGCCCUCAUUCCGAGUUGUUCGCUUUUUUUUCGUUCACACGAGGUAUGAGCAAAAUUGCGAACAUGUUGCAAAAUUGCGAAUAGCCGCCCCCAACGUAUUUUUGCUAAUUCGUCCGCAGUAUUACACAAAGUGGGCAUACGCCAAAUGACAUCGCAGCAAUGCGAAACCAUCGCAUUAACACAAACCUCAACGUAAAAAUACUAAGUUUUCGUAGAUUUACACAUUCUUCUUAAAAGUGCACACUUUUGCGGAAAAACGCACAACAUUGGGUUUUUUUUUCUAUUAAGUGAAAUUACACCUUUCAGUUUAAAGUCCACAAUCCCUCCUCAAUUACGAAUCCAAUUAGUGUAAUGAAUGACAAUGGUCCUGACCAAUUAAGUCUUCAAAGAAUACCAGAAGAACACUUUGUAGGCAUAAUUGGCCAUAAACAUUGAUCUGGAUAAAUUACAAAUAUAGAUAUGGGAAAUGUGCCUGGUCUAAUGCAAAUGUUUGAAGUAUUGUGUAGAUGUGUAGUGUGUGAAUAAAUGUGUUCACAUGUAUUUAUAAUCCAUAACCUCCUAACGGGGUUUUUUUUUUUUUUAAU